CAGAGUCUGCUUAAUAGAUCACUCCCACCGCUGGGGCUCGCUGGGGAUGAUGGAAUUUGAACUCUCAAGACCGACCGUGAAGUGAAAAAACAGAAAUUGGACAGACAGGGCUGAGAUGGAUGAUGAGGGAACAAAUCAAAACGCCGGCAAAUUGCAAGGAGCCGGAGGCCAGGCAUCUGCAACGUCUCUAUCAAACCCGCUGAUGAGGGACUUUGUUUCAGACUGGUCUCCUUUACACGAUGCCUCUAUCCAUGGGCGUCUGCUUACUCUGAAGAAACUCAUCAAACAGGGGAGUGAUGUUAAUCUUGUUACAGCAGACCAGGUGUCUCCUCUCCAUGAAGCCUGCCUAGGGGGUCAUGCUGCUUGUGCCAGUGUCCUAUUAAAACAUGGUGCUCAGGUGAAUGGAGUUACUGUCGACUGGCACACUCCAUUGUUCAGCGCUUGUGUCAGCGGCAGUGUGGCUUGCUUGAAUUUAUUGCUGCAGCAUGGAGCCAGCCUACACCUCCUCUGUGACUUGGCAUCCCCCAUCCAUGAAGCUGCUAAGAGAGGUCACGUGCAAUGUGUCGAAUUCCUCGCGUCCCAUGGGGUAAAUAUAGAUCACAACAUCAAGCAUCUGGGUACUCCGCUUUAUGUAGCUUGUGAGAACCAGCAAGUGAACUGUGCCAAGAAGCUGCUUGAGUCAGGAGCAAAUGUGAACAGCGGCAAGGGCCUGGACUCCCCUCUGCACGUGGCCGCCAGGAAUUGCAGUGCGGAGCUGGUGACACUGCUGAUUGACUUUGGAGCGGACAUUUGGGUGAAGAACACUGAAAGCAAGAGGCCGAUGGAGCUGGUCCCACCCGGCAGUCCUGUGGGCCGACUGUUCCUGCAGAAAGAAGGGCCGCUGUCCUUGAUGCAGUUGUGCCGCCUGUGCAUCAGGAGGUGCUUUGGACACAAGCAGCAUCAAAAAAUAACUGGACUUCUCCUCCCGGACGAGCUGAAACAUUUCCUUCUCCACGUUUAAGCCUUUCAUGUUCAAAAUGGUGCCUUUAAUAACACAGCAAGAAACAUGUCCUGCUGCCACAAACCAAAGCGUGGUUACGACCACUCUGUACUCUCCCAGGAGCUCCCCUGGGAAUAUCGGCUGCUUGAUAGACGUGGGAGGGAGGAUGCUGAAGCUCCGGCUCUUCUGCCGGCCACCCUGUCCCCUCUCCAGCUCUGAACCAUGGUGCGCCUGCAUCACCUGGGAGCAGCAGCGCACCCACCGCCUCCCCUGAGGGGCUACCGCCACGUCGUCCCUGCGUUGGAGGGGCAGGCCAUGCACUUUGGCGCUUUUGGAGAUCCUUUUCUUUUUCACUUUGUUGUGGAGACUCCUGCAAGAGUGAGCUUGGUGUGCGAAAACUGUGACGACAUCGUUAGUGCCAGCAAUGAGAUAUACGGAGUCCUCAUCUCGUAAGGGGAGAGACUGGCAGCCUUCAAAUACACAAACUUAUUUCGAUGUUUACUAGUGUGCCAGUGUGUGCAGUGCAAGUCUUCCUUUCGCAUAGAAGUUAAAGAGGACAGAUCAAACGCUACCUGGAUGCUCAUAUUUGAUGUAAAUUACAAUUCAAAUCCUUGGCUGGACAACAUGACUGCUGGCUAUAGGUAUGCAGUAUGAUGGUUUGAUUCAUUUGUGCUGACCAAACACAGCAAGAGCAGUUCUGUUGGUUUUGUGGAACACUAAAUUGUACCCUAACUGGACAAAAUGACAAACACAAUUAGGUCUGCAACUCCCCUUGUGAUAGCGACACAGAAAUCUUCACUUAUCCGACCCAAUUCAUCACACAUAAUUCGAGUCAUGUAAAAAUUCACUAGCUGGUUUAAGAUGGCCUUCUAUAUUCUUUCCCUCCUGCUGGGGAAGAAAAAUAGACACCUGUCUUCAGAGGCUGAAUAAAAGCAGGCAUCUUGGAUGGGAAAGGUGGAUCCUUCUAAAAUGAGUAUCUUGGUUAAGCGGAAUCUGCAUUGAACAGGCAGGGAACAGACAACGAACCUAGUGCUUAACUUUUGAAGAUUAAAGUGUGAAGAAUCCUUGCUUUGGUGACACAUCUGAAAGCUGAAGCUCCAGCUUAUUAUAUUUUAGAUGAUGAAGAACCAUUUUUUUAUGUACUAGUUUUGUCACUACCUUUAACCUUAUUUUGUAACUUCAGCCCAUGGGUUUAUAGGAGUAAUGCUAAUACCAGGAGAAAAUUGCUCUGAGAAGGUCCUGAGAGUGUUGCUUCUAGAUUGCUUUUCUUCUGGAAAUUUCAUAAUGUGACUCUGUUUACUUGAAUCCCUCUGAUCAAGUGUAAUUAGGAUGAAUUCUGUAUGCUCAGCUUGUAUCAUCUCAGUAUGUUUGCUUAUUUAUUUUAAUAUAAAUUUUGAUCAACACUGGCGAAUUACAGCUUUUUGCAUCAACACUUAGCCAGUUAUAAACUGUAAAAGUUGUAAAAGAUGCAAACUGAUUAAGCUCCUUAUAGGUGAGGUUUGGACCUUUUUCUAUAUUUGAAACCAUUCCAAAUGUAAUGCAGGACUUGAAAGAUUGUCAGGAAUAUAUUUUAUCAGAUUCUUUGCUAUUAUUUUGUUAGCAGUUUAAUGGUCAUCAAGACACAAUUGUAUAGGACAUUUGCUCAAAAAUAAAUGUUUUAUACUCUU